AGGGGUUGGAAAAGGAACCACGCCGCUGGCGCUGGGUUCAAGCACUCCAUUCUCAAAGGCCGAAAGAUCUUUUAGAGUCACUUCCCUGAAACCCAAAUAAGCCGCAGAAUUCGUCUCCGAAACACGAUCUUGGGUCUUUGUAGCCGGUACCAAUCUCUCCUUUGUCAGAUAUAUCCAAUGGAAGCACUGACUUUGGAUUCAGGGAAUAUAGGAAUUGGAAGUAUUGCUAACGAUACUGCUGCAGAUAUCGAGGGUUUCGGACAUCACGUCGACGAGAUUUUCGGGAAGGUUGAUAAGCUUGAGCAGAGAACAAAUGAGAUAGAACAGUUCUACUUAAGCACAAGUAAAAAGCAACCCGGCACAUCCAAAGGUAGCUUGAUGGUGAAGGACAAAGAUAAGGAUAAACAUAUUCCAAGUAUUAAGAAGCAGCAGCAAGAUGCAUCAUGUCGAGAAGCAGCUGCUGCAAAGAGAAUGCAAGAGCUCAUCCGCCAAUUUGGCACAAUAUUGUGCCAGAUCAUGCAACACAAGUGGGCACGGCCUUUUUUGGAACCUGUCGAUGUAGAAGGUCUUAACCUACAUGACUACUAUGAGGUAAUUGACAAGCCCAUGGAUUUCAGUACGAUAAAAAAUCAAAUGGAGGCCAAGGAUGGUACGGGAUAUAAGAAUGUUCGGGAAAUAUGUGCUGACGUGAGGUUGGUUUUCAAGAAUGCAAUGAAAUAUAAUGAUGAUAGAAGUGAUGUUCAUGUUAUGGCCAAAACUUUACUGAAAAAAUUUGAGGAGAAGUGGCUGCAACUUCUACCUAAAGUUACUGAAGAGGAAAAAAGACAAGAAGAGGAGGAAGCAGAGGCACAGUUGGAUAUGCAGCUUGCUCAGGAGGCUGCUCAGGCCAAAAUGGCAAGAGAUAUAAGUAAUGAGCUGUAUGAGCUUGACGUGCAUCUGGAAGAUCUCCGAGAGAUGGUUGUUCAAAAGUGCAGAAAAACUUCUACUGAAGAGAAGAGAAAGCUUGGGGCAGCAUUUACCAAAUUAUCUGCUGAAGAUCUAACCAAGGCAUUGGAGAUUGUUGCCCAAAAUAAUCCAUGCUUCCAAGCAGCUGGUGAAGAGGUGGACCUGGACAUUGACGCUCAGAGUGAAUCCACGUUAUGGAGGUUGAAGUUUUUUGUGAAGGAUGCUUUGGAAGUUCCAGGCAAGAGUUCUGCAAUUGCAGGUGGCGUUAACAACACCACCAAUGACAACAACAACAUCAGUAACAAUAAACGGAAAAGAGAGAUUUGUGAUGCUAUUGCGAAAACUGCCAAGAAAAAGAAGUAAAAUACCAUCAAUCAUAACAAUGUCUUGCAGUUGGAGGGUGCAGUUGGAUUGUAUAUU